GACGUCCUGUCCGUGUCCCGUCAGUCAACUAAAAAUAAAAAAAUAUAUUAUUAUUAAACAAUUCAGUAUUUAUUCGCAAUUGUUACAUAAUGAGUAAUCUGAGAAGAAAUGUUCUGCAAUGUUUUAAAAAACUCCAUAGAACUAGGCUCAAAGUGUUUUACGGAGAUCAAAUGGCAUUAACAGCUGGUAGGUUAAAAAUAAAUGAAGAAUUUAAGAAAAACAAAGGAGUUGUCAAUGAAGAGGCAAUUAAGGCUAUGAUUUCCUUUGGAGAAGAUGUAGAAAGAGAAUUAAGGACACAAAUAAUACAAGCAAAAGAAAUAAAACCUGGAGUCUUUGAGGCAAGAAUAACUGAAGACACAUUAAAAUUAGACAACAUACCAUAUGAUGAUAAUGCAAUCAUAGAAAAAGGUACAGGCACACCUUGUUGUAAGAGUCAUCCAAAAUAAUCAUGUUAUAUCUGGUAGUAGAUCUUUAGAUUAGUGGAAUAAGAAUAAAAUUAUGUACCUGAAAAUGUACUAA